AUGUCUAGUCCGGCUAAGAAGCGCAAGAGGAAUGCGCUGGAUACAUCGCCCCAGAAGACGCGCAGUAUUGAAUCAUUCUUCCAAGGGCAAGCGGCCAAGCGAGACAAGCAAGCAGGGCCCGAAUCAAAACCAGAGUCAGCCCCAGAGGCGAGACUGGCGUCCGAUGACUCUGAACAAACCCAGUCGGACGAGGCUUUGGCGCGAAAACUGCAAGCUGAAUGGGAUCAAGAAGAGCAAUUGGCGUCUGCAGACAAGAGCGCCGAUGUUUCUACAGCCGGCGAAUCCGCCUCAACCCUACCGGCUGCGCCAGGAUCCAAAGCUCCAGAGGAACGUGCUGUGAAAGCUUCCAUGAUAGCUCAAAAGAAAACUCUAUCUUUGCAAUCAUCCGCAGGUACAGAAGAUACAGUUGCGCUGGCCGUUCCCUUUGAUCAAAGCCCACAGACAUUUGACGCAACGCGAUAUGCAGCCGAGCUUCGGUCGCACUGGGCUGCGGACGGUGGCGAUGCAUCCUAUGCGCUGCUGACAAGGGCGUUUGUCCUGGCCAACGCCACCACAAGUCGAAUCAAAAUUGUGGACACCUUGGUCAAUUUCCUUCGAGUCUUGAUCGAAGGAGAUCCAUCCAGUCUGCUUCCAGCGGUCUGGUUGGCGACCAACUCGAUCACGCCGCCCUACGAUGAGAAGGAGCUUGGUCUGGGAGGCUCGGCGAUCUCUAAAGCUCUCAAGAAGAUCUACGGCCUCGAUAGCCAAGGACUCAAGGCCCUCUACAACAAGCAUGGGGACGCAGGCGAUGUCGCGUUUGAGGCCAAGAAGCGACAAUCAUUUACUCUGGCCAAGCCGAAGCCUUUGAGGAUCAAAGGCGUCUAUCAAUCACUCUUGAAAAUUGCAGCUAGCAAAGGAUCUGGCAGUCAAGAAGUCAAGCAACGGAUUGUUGACAAGCUCCUUCAAGACACGAGGGGUGCUGAAGAGAGUCGUUAUAUUGUGAGGACACUGGUCCAGAAUCUUCGCAUUGGAGCUGUGAAGACGACCAUGCUGAUUGCACUGGCUCGCGCAUUCUUGUAUUCCAAGCCAGAGGGCGCCGAAUUCACCAUUCGGCCACGGGAAGAGUUAGCUCGCCUGAAAAAAGAGGAGCUUGCUGAGGUAUACAGUAAUGCAGAGGAACUUGUCAAGGCGUCAUACGCAAGACAUCCGGACUACAAUGACCUUGUGCCUUGCCUGCUCGAGAUUGGCGUGAGGGAAGAGCUCUUGAUCCGAUGCGGUCUGGCUCUUCAUAUUCCCUUGAGGCCCAUGCUGGGCAGCAUCACACGGGACCUUGCCGAUAUGUUGACAAAACUCCAAGGGAGAGAUUUCAGCUGUGAAUACAAAUAUGACGGACAACGUGCACAAGUGCAUUGUGAUGAGCAUGGGAAAGUCUCCAUCUUCUCGCGGCACUUGGAGCUCAUGACCGAGAAGUACCCAGAUCUUGUCUCACUUGUCCCCGAGAUCCGUGGAGAAAGCGUGUCCAGCUUCAUUCUUGAAGGUGAAGUGGUCGCGGUAGACAGUGAGUCUGGAGAACUCAAGACCUUUCAAACACUCACCAACAGAGCAAAGAAGAACGUCGACAUCGGGGCCAUCAAGGUCAACGUUUGUCUAUUCUCGUUCGACCUCAUGUACUUGAACGGUGAACCGUUGUUGAACCGGCCGUUUCGCGAACGCCGGGAACUGCUCCGGUCCCUCUUCGUGGAAAUUCCUAACCGGUUUACCUGGGUCAGGAAUCUCGACGCCACAUCCACCGAAUCGGAGGCAGUGCUCGAGUUCUUCAAAGGCGCCACGGAUGCGAAAUGUGAGGGCAUUAUGGUGAAGGUUCUCGACAAUACCACCAACUCCAACGGCACAAUCUCGACUAUGGAUUUGACUGGUACUCCCGAGGUCGAGGACGACGCCGCGCGGCCACUCGACGCAAGCGUUGACAAAAAAGGCGCCAAGGAAAAACCAACCCGUCGCAAAGCUCUCCUGUCCACCUAUGAGCCUGACAAACGGCUUGAAUCAUGGCUCAAAGUCAAAAAAGACUAUAGUGCCUCCUCGGAAACUCUCGAUCUGAUUCCCGUUGCUGCCUGGCAUGGCAACGGCCGCAAAGCCAAAUGGUGGUCUCCUAUCCUCAUGGCUGUCCGUAACCCGGAGACCGGCACUCUUGAAGCCGUGACGAAAUGCAUGUCGGGCUUCACCGACAAAUUCUACCAGGCCAAUAAAGAGAAAUACGCACCAGGCAGUCCAAACGUCAUCUCGCGACCCAGCUACGUCGAUUACCGCGGAGAACCGGACGUCUGGUUCGAGCCGCAGGAGGUGUGGGAGAUGGCCUUUGCUGACAUCACUCUCAGUCCGACAUAUACAGCUGCCAUCGGUCUUGUGAGUGAAGAAAGGGGACUGAGCUUACGGUUCCCACGAUUUUUGAAAGCCAGAGAGGAUAAGUCCAUCGAGGAGGCAACGACCUCUGACUACUUGGCAUUGUUGUGGCGCAAACAAGGGGAAAAGAUUCAGGACCAAGCGGAUUUGAAUGGUACAGAGGAACAGCUGGGGUGGCAGGAGGACUGA